AUGAAGCGUAUCGUUCUAGUUUUCCUUGCUUUAAUAGCAGUCAUUUAUGCAGAACCCGAUAGACAUCCCUAUGUGGUAAGUGUUAUCAUAUAUUUUCGCCGUUUUAAUCGCUUAACAGUCACACUGAAAAUGUAUUUUUGUACGAGUUGCAUUUCAAGUGGACAAGGAAAUUAGCGCAAUUGAAUGAUCCAAUAAAAGAAAUGAAGCCUAAACGUAACACGACAUAUCAAACCAAUAGACCAUUAAAAAAUUCAGCAGUGAUGUUUAGUUUAACCCGAUGUUAGUCUUCUUGAGACAGGUUUGAGGGAGUGCUAGGAGAGCGUAUCCUUAAUCUCAGUCUUAAGCCGGUAAACUGAUUCGAUUCUAAUUAAUGCCAAUCUAAUGAUUUGGUUUUGUAUCGAAGAAGUAGAACUUUUACGAAGAUACAUCUUGUUCAGCAGUGUUCCGAGGCAAUUAAUUACAAAAACUUCGACGAGGUUCAUGUUCACCGAUGAACUUGAUGAAAAGUUUUCAACAUUAUAUAUGCGAUAAAUUGAAACGACUUCUUUUUGGUGGAAAUUUAAGGUAGAGGAAAACACUUUUCAUCAUAUAGCCAUUUUUAACCGACAAUCUUAACCCCAAGGGGCAUUGCUAUAUAAAAAUGAUCAGUUUUGUUCAUCGUACCUUUUAGAGGGUAAAAAGACUGCCAUUAGAGUAACUGCAGUGUCUUUUAGCGGUAUAUAGUCGAACGAAACAAUUUUUGGGGGUAACUGCUUGGGAUCGUGGUUAACUUUAGGGAGAGCUGUUUUCGAAGAAGCCACCGCCCAUGAGCAUUCAUGUCUGAAGGGAAAUAUUUCCGGAACCGGUUAACUUGCCAUUUUGCUGUAGAUCGGUUCUAAACGUCUACAGUGUCAAUUAGCUUCCACAUCAGAUACUGCGGACAAAGGCACAUGUUUUACUCGUUCAGUUGCUCAUAAAUUCGUUUAUUUGUUGAUCAUAAUUUUUCAUGAUCUGACUUAUGAUCAUCAGCAAUGCAAAAUUGACCUGUAUGACUGCAUGAACACUCCAGACAAAGGGACAAUGGAGUGCUUGAAAGAAUACAUGACAUGUAUGGAGCAACUUAUCCCAACCUUACCACCAAUGCCACCAUCUGUAGUAAGUCAACUUAAUGUGUAGUACAAAUGUCAGGGACCGCGGAGGGGGAAGGGCUGGUAGGGCCGCGGCCCCACCACUUUUUUGCGCCCCGACCCCACUUUUGGAAAAUCAAAUACUAUGAUUUUAUUCCUUUUUUCGAUUUUCAAUAUGAAAAAAUUAUUUCAAUUGUCAGCCCUCCCACUUUUCACCUUGUUCCGCGGUCCCUGAAUGUAGUCGAUAGAGUCACUGUUACGUCAAAGGGUAAACGUCAGAUUCAAGUUAAGAAUUUCUAUAAAAAUAGGCAACGAGCAGUUGAAAACAGUCCAAGACAUUUCUAAUGGGUAAAACUUGUAGAAGUGAUGAAAAUUAAAAGACGUGUAAAGGGAAAACACGGUCACACGUUACAAAUUCACGUUUGCGGAUUGCCAAAAAAGUGACUAGAAACCACUUUAUUCAAUAAGGUAGCAUACUUCUUCGUACGGCUGGGUGCUUCAAAUUAAAGGCCCUUCCUCUUUCCCCCUCUUCUUCAUUUUGUGAAAGCUGUUGCAGAGAAUUUUGAAUUUAACUUGCAAAGUGAAUACUUCUUGUAAUGAGCUUUCCAGUUUUUUUUCUUUCUUUUUUUCAUAGUCAUAUUUUGACUAACUGUGUAUACCUCUGCUUAUUUUAGCAAUGUGUAAAGGACUUGUAUGAAUGCUUCACAAAGAACGAAGUUGGCAACUUCGCCUGUGUGAAGACAUUUGGUUCCUGCUUAAACCAAGAGCUACCGUCAUAUAUAGUAUGUAUGCUCUUUUAGUAAAAUAAAAUUGAUCACAGUGCCACACUGAACAGCAUCGACUUCAUUGCUUUACGAACCUCAAAUCCAGACACUAACUUAUAAUUUACCAGAAUUUCAAAAUUAACCACUUAUUAUACUGUAUAAUUAUAUUCUCUUGACAGCAAGCCUGCAACAGUGAAGUCCAGCAGUGCUGGAACUCAGUAACAGGUUAUAUGGACAGAUUAAAGUGCUGCACGUCUUUCGCAUAUUGCUUUCUUAACGGACCAACUGCUGCUCCCAGUGCAGCUGUAUUUGAUGCAAUUGAGGAGGAGGAUCAAUCGAAUGACUUAAGUGAUGCUGCUGUGAGUCUGUACUUUACUUAUGAUUUUGCUAGUUGUCAAUGUUUGUAUCAGUGAUAGAUUUCAUUUCAAGCAAAUAAUGAUACAGUGACACCAAUGAAAUAGAAAAACCUUCACAUGCACUGCAUUAGAGCGGUUUUCACUUGACUGUCGUAAAACCAAAACUAAAGUAAAUACACUAGCCAACCAAAGGGCGUAGUAAAACCAAAACCAAACCAAUUCCUCAAUUACUUUCGACAGUCAAGUGAAAACCGCUCUAAAACAACUACUCACA